CGAUCAAAGAUUUCGCAAUGGCGCCAUCGACCAAGCUCUUCCUCCUGCUCCUCGGCCUGAACCUGAUGGUCGCCGCUGUGCACGGUGGCUGCGGACCCCACUGCCCGACCCCGCCGCCACCGUCGACGACCAACGGCUCGUGUCCGAUCGACACGCUGAAGCUGGGCGUGUGCGCCAAGGUGCUGAACCUGCUAAAGCUUGGGCUCGGUGUGCCGCACAGCGAGACGUGCUGCCCGCUGCUGGCCGGUCUGGCUGACCUGGACGCCACGGUGUGCCUCUGCACCGCCAUCAGGGCCAAGGUCCACGGCGUCAUCAACCUCAACGUCCCCAUCGACCUAGUGCUCCUGCUCAACCAGUGCCACAAGACCUGCCCGCCCGGCUUCACCUGCCCGCUCUGAUCGAUCGACGUAUACUCGUCCAAGCAUGGCAUGCUGCGUCCACAUGCCAUGCAUUGCACCUUCCUAUUCCUAUAUGCUACUCCAGUUUGUUUAUCAAUUCAUCUAUAUGUCUCGUGCAUGCCUAAGUUUCGUGUCAUGCAUUCGCGUUAUGCAUGCAUGCAGUGAUCACUUCGUGUUGUGUGUGAAAGUGUGUCAUGUUGUUGUGGUGUCCAAAUAAAUAGGCCUCGC